GUACUGCCGGAGAGGGAACGCUCACCCGGCAUGGAGAUGAUGGAGGGGCCCGCCAUUCCCGAACCACAGCCCGAGGACCCCAACGACCCCGACCCUUUCUUACCCUUUGACUUUCCCCUACCCCUUCCCCAACCCGAACCCCAGCCCCAGCCCCAGCCCCAACCACAACCUCCCCCAGAACAACCACAACAACAACACCAACCUGAUGUGGAGAUGGGGGCUGCGCAGCCCCACGUUUAUGAGCUGUAA